AUAAUUCAUUUUUUUUUUAUCUGUUUGUGUUAUAAAUGCAAUAAUAUAAGCAACAUUCUGGAUUUUCUUUGCGCUCUUUCUGACUUUGAUCGUGUUUUGGCCACCGGAGAAGUCUCUCAUCGACCAGUCCCUCUCGUUAGACCGGAAGAGCAUUGAGAUCGGAUUUUUAUUUGAUUUAGUUUCUAAAUCAAUCGAGAUCAGCGAGGGCUCUCGCUGCGUUAGGUUACAGCCGGUGAGGAUGUCUACUCCUGCGAGGAAGAGACUGAUGAGAGACUUCAGGAGGUUGCAACAAGACCCACCUGCCGGCAUCAGUGGUGCUCCCCAAGACAAUAAUAUCAUGCUAUGGAAUGCUGUUAUAUUUGGGCCAGAUGAUACACCUUGGGAUGGAGGUACGUUUAAACUGACCCUUCAGUUCACUGAGGAUUAUCCAAAUAAGCCACCGACAGUCCGUUUUGUCUCUAGAAUGUUCCACCCUAACAUUUAUGCCGAUGGAAGCAUUUGUUUGGACAUUCUGCAAAAUCAGUGGAGCCCAAUCUAUGAUGUAGCAGCUAUACUCACCUCUAUUCAGUCGUUGCUGUGCGACCCGAAUCCAAACUCCCCUGCUAAUUCUGAAGCUGCUAGGAUGUUUAGCGAGAAUAAGCGCGAGUACAACAGGAGAGUGCGUGAAAUCGUGGAACAGAGCUGGACUGCCGAUUAGCAACAAAAUGGUUGUCGACGAACAGAAAACAUAGUCGUCGAGUCGAGUUGCUUGUGUGCAUGAUAUUGUACACCUGGGAAGAAAACCGAUUUGUUGCUUAACUUGCGUAUUAUGUGAAAUACUUGCUUGGUUUAUAAGAAAGAUGAAACACUACUUUAGUCUAUUUCAAUUUUAUCUGCUCUGGUUUUUGCA